CAGGCCGUCCACGGCGUGGGACGAGGCGCCGUUUGGAUAUGAGCACAUGACCCCUCAGCAGUACAAGGAGGCCCUUGCCUCCAACACCCUCCCGCCGCCCUUGUACACCGGCGAUUCUGACGAGGCGCUGCUGAAUGUGCCGCUGCCUACGCGUCAACUGGUGGUGGAGAACCUGCCGGAGGGCACGCGCGACCACGACCUCAUGUCGUUUAUGAACGACUGCAUCGCGUCCAACAAGCUCAUCACACAGCCUGGCCAGCCCGUCAUCAAGUGCACGCUGAGCGAGGACGGCAAGUCUGCGGUGCUUGAGUUUCGGUCUGUCGACGAGGCGACCAACGGGCUUGUCUUUGAUCGCGAGCGCUUCAAGGGCGCGCAGCUGCGGGUCCGCCGCCCAGACAACUACGAGGCUCCAAAGGGCCACAUCACACGGAUUCCGAUGCAGAGCGGGGCGAAUGUGUCUGCGGUGGUGCAGGACUCGCCUUACAAGAUUUACAUUGGCGGCAUCCCGCCGUAUCUGAGCGAGGAGCAAGUGAAGGAGCUGCUUGAGCCCUUUGGCCAGCUCAAGUCGUUCCACCUCGUCAUGGACACAUCCACGGGGCAGUCAAAGGGAUUCGCCUUUUGCGAGUACAUGGACCCAGCAAUCACAGACACGAUGAUUGGGGCGUUGAAUGACCUCCGUAUUGGCGAGAAGCGCCUUCUUGUCCAGCGCGCCUCCAUCGGUGCACGUGGCGGCGCACAGCAGAACAACCCGAUGCACUCGAUUCCUGCGUUCAAGUCUGCGGGCAUGCAGGGCCCUGGCGGCCCCAUGAUGCCACUCCCGCCCAUGUCUGCGCCGUUGAAGCCUGCUGCGCCUGGUGCACCCAUCACGCCCGGCCCCAUCUCGCAACCGCCGCCCAUGUCGCUGCCACUGCCGCCGCCGUCGGGCGCUGGCCUGCCGCUGCCGGCUCCAACGAUGCCGACGCAGCAGCUGGUGGCCACGCGCAUCCUCAUCCUCAUGAACAUGGUCACCGUCGACGAACUUCGGGACGACGAGGAAUACGAAGACAUUUGCGCCGACAUUCGGGAGGAGUGCGAGAAGUUUGGCGAAAUUCUCGACAUGAAGAUUCCCCGGCCGUCAAAGGAAAACCCGGAGGAGCAAGUCCCGGGCGUGGGCAAGAUUUACCUCAAGUACGCGUCUGCGGAUGAGGCGCGCAUCGCCGCGCGGGCGCUGAGCGGGCGCUCCUUUGCCGAGCGCACCGUCGUCACGUCCUUCUGGCCAGAGGACAAGUUUGACGCAGGCACUUUUGAGGAGUAGUGAGACGUGACCUCAACCUCCCCUUUUUUGUUGUGUGUGUGUGUGUGUGUGUGUGGCGUUGUGACGUGGUGUGGUGUGGCGUUGUGACGUGUGGUGCUGUGUUGUAUUGCCGUCGUGGUGUUACAAUGCGCCGCGCGUGUAUGGGACAUAUGAGAUGUACUCAUGUCCGGACCGCAAUGGUUAGCUUGCUGGCCGGCUGCUUUGGUGAGCGUGUUGGUGUGGUUUUAAGCUUGUUGGGUGGCGUUCUUCGGCAGGUGCCGUGUGAACUGUAUUGAUUGUGGUGCAAUUUGUUCUAAAGAAUGAAAGCUGACACACGCACA